GAUAAGUACUGCUUGCGCUUCAGGUUGAGGGCAGUGAGCGAUUUUUAAGCAGCAAGAAGGUGAAAAGGUUAACGGAACGGUUGUCGUCAACAGUUGCCUCGACGGGAACAUAUUGAACAGUCACGCAGUUACAAUGCCCGCACAAGCAACUGGAGGGACAGUUACUUCCUCCCCGGUAACUGAAGCCGCCGCUGCUGGCCCGUUCAUGACAAACGACGCAGCAGGUGCAUAUGCAAGCAAGAUCGCACUCAACAAGAAACCAUUCCUCGAAUUCCUACGCACGUUCGAGUGGAAGGAACCUGCUAGCGACCCCGAUCAGCAGUUUCUGGACAUCGGAUGCGGAACGGGGGAUGUCACCAGGGAGCACAUUUUGCCGAGGUGUCCGCCAUGCCGACGGAUCGUGGCCGUGGACUUCUCACCCAAAAUGCUUGAGUACGCCAAGGAACACUUUCCACACCCACGCAUUGAAUACAAACUGCUGGACAUAGGCCAUGACGUCGAGCAGUUCCUAGCCGAACACGGAGAAUUUCAGCGGCUGUACAGCCUGAGGACAUUGCACUGGGCGAAGGACCAGGCCCGAGCUUUCUACAACAUUGCCCGCCUGACGGCACCAGGCGGAGAAUGCAUCCUGCUAUUCUUGGGCCGCUGCGAUACCUUCGAUUUUAUGCGUCGCAUGGCUCAGCUGGAGCCCUGGACGAAAUAUAGUCACGUGUUUGAAAAUGCUGUGCCGAAGACACACGAUAUUGCCGACGUGGGUAUGCUGAAAUCGUAUGUGCAGAACCUGGUAUCCUCAGCUGGUAUGGCCCUUAUCACGCUGGACGUCUGGCAACGCAAAUCUUCAUUUUUGGACACGGAAAAUGCUGUGGAAAUGUUCCUGAUGGCGAAUCCGGUGUUACCCAUUCUACCCGAAGAGGAGAAAGCGUCCUUUAUAGCAGACGCAAGGAAGCAUGUGCCUGCUUGGCGUGACGCAUACCAAGAGAACAAUCCACUGCCAUUCGCUAGCUUCGUCGUGCAUGCCUCAAAGCCUUAGAGUCAAUUGUUCGGCCAGUUAUGAAUAAUGUUUGACUUGCACAAAAUAUUAAGAUAAUAAAGAGUGGGAACUUGCGAUAAGAUGCUGUUUAAGAAUAUUAGGUAAUAAAAAGUUAUCCUCUGAAGAGCUGAGACAGGAUUACAUUUCAGUGUACCAAGCCGUUUUGACACUAUUCUAAGAGCUGUUAUCGAUAACUUAGUUGCAGUAUCAGAAUAAAGGACUUAAUUUAAA